AUGUUGUUGCAGAAGACGCGAUCGUCUUCCCAGAACAUUUUCGCAUUUCCAAUGAAAGCUCCAGAACAUCGUUUCAGCGUUCACAAGUCGGUGAUCAAGAAGUGCAAUGAACUUGGUCUCCAUCAGCAUGGAUACUUUGUCAAACGCGACCUACUUUUUCUCACUGAAAGAGAAAGUAGAAUCCGCGAGGAGCUGCUAAGGACCUCAGUGAGUCCGGACAAUCGAUUCGAAUUCAAGGUGCCCUGCAAGAUGAUGCGUCAUUGGAAGGUCUAUCGACAAGAUGUCAUCUUUCCUCACCAUCGUGAGCGUGUAGAUUGUGUCCUUCUCCUUGGACAGCAACCUAACGAAGCGACCAUCGAAGAUGCACACGGGUCUGAAUCGCAGUGCGAAAGCAAUUUGAAUAAGGUAAAUCUGCUACCUAAUAGUCAUCAGUAG